AUGUCCCGACUGCACGCAGUACUACGAGGUGGUCUUGAUUGCGUCGGUCUUGCUCCGCCCUUCAGCUACCGUGGCUCUUCACAGCAAAGCCAUUCCUCUACUUCGUGUCGUCUUCAGGGGUCCCUUGAGGUUGUGAGGAUGCGCUCGCUAAUCACUGAGGGUGUUGACAUGUUUAUGGUACUCAUUCCACAAAUGUUGCCGGUGAUACUGCUGCAUGUGGCCGCAGUAGGAUGUGUGAGGAUUGAAGUCCCCGUUUUCAAGGACUACUUUAUGCCCUGCAACAUCUCUGCACUGCCUGCAAGACCUCGCAUGGAGGACAUCUAUUGGUUCCAGGAUGGUCGCCUUAACCGUGGUGUAAACGACUUUCUCCUUCCUCAAGGUGAAAUCCCAUUUGAAGGGAUCAGUCCUAGUGCUGCAGGUGUCUAUCGCUGUUGCUACAAUGGUUCUAUGAAGAUUUCCUGUGCUGAGGUGGUUCACCUCAUCGUGAAGGACAACGUCUAUUGGCUUCCCCAAAUGCUCACAACACCUCUUGAGGUCGAGAUGACUACUGAACCCCUCGAAUUCAACUGCUUUUAUUUCGCCCAGUCAUCCGGUCCAAGGCGUCCACACGUCGCUUGGUACUUCAAUGACCUCUACCCAGAGGACAGGCGAUUUGAAUCCCCCAUACAGGAAGAUGACAAGCGAUACGUCGUAAAAACUAUGGAAAUUACCUGCGAGGAGGACUACAUGCAGCAUUCGAGGAGUCGCUGUUUCAAAAGCACCCUCAUGGUACGACUUCCGAGCGACCUGCGGAGACGGACGGUCUACACGUGCGAGGUUCAAAUGUUCAAGGCGGACGGAUUGGUGGAGAAUCAACUCAGUGUCGACUACCGACUUAGAAGUGACAACCGCCGUGAUUCUGAUUGGAUUUAUGGGCUGACUGACAUAGAGCGCUUCGGAGAGGACUGUGACCGAUUCCCCAACGAGUCGCCACCACUAGAGGCCCUGAUCCAGGAGUUGAACGCCUGCAAACGUAAUUCCUUUUUGCGACUCUGGGUCUCUCCAGUCAAUAGUGAAAAACUCGUCCAAGCCACGUGCUCCCGACCCGUGUUCUUGGUCUUUAAUGAGCUUUUGCAACUCAUUCGGCUUCCUCCAGAUCCCCAUGUCAUCAGACUCUUUUUCAAAGUGGAAAACAUCACCUCUGUGAGAUCUCCGUUCGAUGGUAUCCUAAAGAGAUAUGGCAAGUUUCUGCUUAAGUCCGACGUGACGACGCUCCGCGUAGGAGGCAAGAAGCACCAUUCGUUCGACACGACCCUACAGGGCAACGUCUCCCUCGACUGCCAACCCAGCCAUGUUGUUGUAUGUGUCUACGGACCCCUAGUUCAAAUGAAGUUAGUCCACAUGACCUGCUCCCCUUCGGACCGUCACGAGGGUUUCUUACUCAUCUGCAUGGUCGUAGGUGGAUUGGUAGUAGCAACUCUCCUAUUCGUAGGACUUUAUUUAUGGCGACGUCAGUGCCUCAGCCGCCGUCACUACGCAGUGUGGAAAACAGUGGAGGCCUACACUAGCUCCUUGCUACUCGAGCGCCGUCUCUGCAGCCCGCCGCUGCCUACACCUCUGCCACGAGGGCCGAAUAAUUUCCACAGGGAGGCGGCACAGGCAAAAAAAGCUGCAGCGUUGGAGUAUGUGAAAUUGGGCAAGACCCGUUGGCCCCUUUCUGCCCGCAGUCUUCGAUUGGAGGAGCAAAUUGCUUGUGGAAGCUAUGGCGACGUCUUCAAGGGAGUGCUUUUAACGUCUCCACCGGGACAGAGUCAUGUGCUUCCACGUCCGAUCGUCGCGAAGGUGCUUAAUGAUGUCUACUUGAAAGACCACGUCCUCGAGUUUGCUAACGAGGUGGCUAUUCUCCGUCUCAUUGGCGCUCAUCCCACCAUCAUCCAGUUUCUGGGCUGUGCGCAUCGCACCAAUUUGAGUAACCGACCGGUGUUGGUGACGGAGUACGCUUCCCACGGCACGCUGUUGGGCUACUUACGAGCCCUGCGUCCGAACCGAGAUACGGUGUUGGGUGAGGUCGUCAUGACUUACUGGUGGACUAGAGCCAGGGCUCUUGUCGCGGACCUCUACUCCUUCGUCAUUGACAUUGCUAGUGCUCUAGUCUACCUUGAGGAAAUCGCUGUGGUUCACAGUGAUGUGGCAGCCCGCAACGUUCUGUUGACUGCAUCCCUCACUGCAAAGUUAAACGACUUCGGGCUGGCCUGCGUCAUUCCACACGGAAAGUUUGUAGAACUACCAGCUACGAAGAAGGUUCCCGUGCGUUGGUCAGCACCGGAGGUGCUUCAAGAGAACCGUCGGCACGCGCGCAGUGAUGUUUGGUCCUUUGGGGUGCUGUUGUGGGAGACCUUUGCGGUGGGAGAAACGCCCUACGAAGACCUGCCUUCGGAGUCUGCAGUGGGCGUCUUUGUGGGACGAGAGGGUGGGCGGCUCCCACGGCCUACCUUAGCCUCCGGCACCCUCUACAGCCUCAUGACCGCUUGCUGGGCCGCUUCCGUCGACGCGAGACCUGACUUCCGCACCCUGCUCGAGGAUCUCAGCAGAGAGGCCGCACUAGAGAGGAAGAAGAGUGAAGACGCCAAUCUACUAAGUCAUUUUGGUUUCGUGGUCGGUAAACGCCGGGAGGCGCCGAAGGCUCGGAAGUGCUGGUUGGUGCCCGAGGUAGAGCUUGCUAUUUGUCAACGCAUGGUUCACCACGGUUACACAGAGUUGUAA